AAAAUAAAAAUAAAAAAAUAAAUUGAAAAUAAAAACAAGGGAUACAAAAUUUAAAGACGCAGCCCUGCGACUUAUUUUUAGUUGAGUAUUAAAAUGAGAAACUAUUUCCAGUUUAAAGUUAGCUCAGCUAUUGCUGUGAUCAAGUUAUAAUUUUGACUAGCUGAAAAUUCUCCUUUCAACGACAUAAUUAUUAAUUGUUUACGUAAUAACGACCUAAAUCGAAAUAUAAAUAAAUAAAUAAAGAAUUUAAUAAAAUGCCAGCUAAAAAAGUGACUGAGGAACCAGAUGAUAGUCAAACUUGGGAAUUAUUAGAACGAUGUCUUCUACCAAUAGCUUUUUCCCAUGCGGUAGCAGUUAUUAUUUCUACUGUUCUAAAUACUUUGGGCAUAUCUCAAACUUCAAGUUUCGUGCUAUUUCUUCUUUUUUUAUCAUUGUCCAUAGGUUUCACGCUCUUCUAUCACAACCUCAAGGUGACUGCACCUGGUAAAGCUGUCCUUGUCACGGGAUGUGACUCGAGAGUUGGAUGUGCUUUGGCGAAAAGGCUCGAUGAAUUAGGUUUCACCGUGUUUGCUGGAUUUACAAACAAGUUUGAUAAUGAAGAUAGAGUUGAUAAUUUAAAAAAAGAUACCUCUGGCAGAUUGCAUGCAUUACAAUUAGAUAUAACUAAUGAACAUGACAUACAUUCUGCUUUUCUUUAUGUUAACGAAAAUUUACCCGAUGGUGCUCCAGGAUUAUGGGCAUUAAUACAUGCAAACGCUUGGAUUACUCUCGGUGAAUGUGAAUGGGUGCCUCUUUCAGUAGUGCGAAAAAGCAUUGACACGAAUUUCAUGAGUGUCGCACGAUUAACUCAAGUCUUUUUACCUUUAAUUAGACGUUGUAAAGGACGAAUUAUUUUAGUUACUAGCAUUUUGGCUCGAAUACCAAGCGCGAUUAGAGGCGUGCAAUGUGCCAAUGGAGCUGCAUUAGAAGCAUGGGGUUCGUGUUUGAGACUGGAAAUGCGCAGAUGGGGCGUGGAUGUAGUUGUUGUCGAGACAGGUGAAUAUGUUGCCGGUAACUCAUGGUUAAAAGACAAUUCUGCCCUUCUAAAUCAAGCUCGAGACAUGUGGGUACAGUUGGAACCGCAAACACGCAAAGAGUACGGGGAGGAAUUGUUCCAGAAGGAGAUGUUGUCACUUGAAAAAUACACUAAAGGACCUGAAGCUGACUUAACUCGAGUUAUGAGAGCUUUAGUUGAUGGAACUACCAAAACUUUCCCCUUGAAAAGAUACACUCCGGUUACUCGCAAAGAAAGACUUCAAGCAUUUGUCAGUGAUCAUUUACCUAAAUCAAUUUAUGACAUUAUUUAUACUGACUAAUUUUUAUUUAUUGUUGAUUAUUUGUGAAA